UGUGCUUCUGUACCGAGUCUCUCCGGCGACCAACACAUGCAUGAGAACCACCGCUGAUCUAGAUGGACGACCCCGACUGACCUACUGGAGUUAUUCUCUGAGACAUAACCGUUAACUUUGCAACAAUGUCUGUCUCCACGGUAUUGGCAAAGGCGCUGUUCGACAACACGGCAGAGAGCCCGGAGGAGCUGGCUUUCCGGAAGGGUGACAUACUGAUGGUUCUUGAACAGGAACAGGGUGGCGGGCCGGGCUGGUGGCUCUGCUCCCUGCAUGGCAGACAGGGCAUUGCCCCUGCCAACCGCCUUCGACUCCUUCAGACUGCCCCGCCCCCAGGCUCAGACCCCCGUCGUGAUCCCGCUGAGGACUCAGUCUACCUGUCGCCUGUUCCUCCACUGGCCCGGACUGCUGUCAGCAGUAGCGCAGAAGACAUAGAUGGAGUGUAUCGCUCCCCGCCAGGCGUGGGUGAGGGACGAGGAGCCGCCUUAAGGCCCGGGGAGCUCCGCAGAGUUGAGGGUGGGCGCCCACGCUCACACUCCAGCUCUGGCACUCGGCCUAGACCUGACUGGGAUUUAGGAGUGGCGGGGCGUCCACGCUCCCCCUCUCUGAGAGGACGAGGCGCAGAAAUGACAGGAACACUUUAUCAGACUCCAGUAAGUCCCAUGCCUUCAGCAGCUCAGCAUACCAGACAGCCAGGAGCUCUCAUGGCUUCAGAGUCAGUGUACCUCGCCCCCACUGGAGUUCCAAGGGCGGCUGAUGAACCAGAGGACACUACAUAUCUAGUCCCUAGAGAAACACUAACAACAGGACACUCUGAAGACUGUUACUUGGUGCCCAAAGGUACACCACUUGCAGGUGACAGUGUUUACCAAUCCCCAACAGGAGGAAUUGUGGGCACUGCUGUCUGCUCUAAUGGCCCUACCGGAACACUCGGUACCCCACAGUUGAAAGUCAGCCAGGACACACCUGGAAUGUACCAAACACCUACCCCUGUGGGAGCAAGCCUUCACAGGACUUCAGCCACAGCUUUGGCCCACCAGCACCCAUCUCAGUUAUCCCCAGUCCAAGCAUCUCCCAGACCUCUGCUCAAGGGAGUUUCACCCAACCUGGCUGUUGCCAGGGGCAAACCAGGCCUGGCCUGUCACCGCGGCUCUCCUUUGCUGAUAAGAGCAGGGCAGGUCAGGGUUCCUGGCUCACCAAAUUUUACCCGCAAACCUCGUCCACCGGCACCUCCAGUGAGGGGAGUCACCAGGAAAGAUGCCGCACAAUCAUCAGCUGAUUCUAACAGUGUCCACAAACCCACUGCUCAGGUCACUUCUGCAAGCCUGCAGCAAGAAGAGGACAAACAGAGGGGACUUCCUCUGAGUAUGGAGGAAAGGAUAAAUAAUAGCCUGGAGAAAAGUAACAACAUGCUGAACAAAAACGAAGAAAAUCGGGAUUACUCCGAUGCCGUGGAUGACCAGGUGUAUGAUACCCCUCCCAGAGGCAGGUGGCAUCGUCCAGUCCCAUCUUCCCUUGGUGGUGGUGGUGAUGAUGAUGAUGAUGAUGGCAUCUAUGACACCCCUCGCAGUGUCCCACCACAAGCUGAUUCUGAGACAGAGGUCUAUGAUGUCCCCACCAUCACUCUGAAUUUGUCCACAUUAGAUGUCCAGCCUGACGAAGUUGAUGACGAUGUAUACAGUGUUCCUACACUUCCAGGUGUACCUCUGGGCCCGGGGGAGUCCACCAACAGCCUCUCUGGUGAUGAUGUUGGACAGGUCUAUCGUGUCCCUGGACCUGAGAAACGAGCCAGCAGUGGAGGUCAUAACCGAGACUCUUCUGAGCAUGACUGUGGCAUCUAUGACAUGCCUGCAUUGACUGCGGAAAUCCUCCCUCACUCUUUGUCAUCCUCCUCCACCUCUACUCGCCGCCUCUCUGUUUCUAGUAAUGGUUCAGGUGACAUGCAGUGGAGAGCCACACUUUCCAGCCUUGUCCACUCGGUACUCAACACAGCCUCCAGCUCGGCCUCCACUCUGUCCUCACGGGACCUGGCCACCUCGUUGGCUGAAAUCCUGUCGACCUGGAAAGCCAGUCAUUCAGAUGAUCCUCCACCGCCUCUUCAGCAGGCAUGGGCUCGUCUAUCAGACCUCCUUCCGCCGUUAUCCGCUAUUGGCAACGCUCCUCCAUCAGAAGGGCUGUUGACGCUGAUUCAGCGCUCCCUAGAGGAAAGCGCCCUCCUCUUGCAGGCUCAGGGCCGACCACGUUUGCCUUCCCAAGAUUCCCUGUCCCGCAGGCCACUGCCUGCGCUCCCAGUGCCUGAUGGGAAGCCCUCAGCAGGUGGGAUGGGCUCGCGUAAAGGUAGCUGGAUCCAGGAGCGGCCCCUGCCACCAACCCCUCAGCCUGCCUUCCCCUUGCCUCCCACUCUGUCGACUGUGACACUUACAGUGGGCGCCAUUGACGGAGAAGAUGACCCCAGCAAUGAGUACGCGGGGAUCGGCUUGACUCCCAUCCCUGCCCCUGUACCUACUGGAGACAGUGUUGGAUAUGUCAAGCUGCAGGGUAAACCUGAGCCACUUCCUGAUGUCCUGGGUGAGAACGGACACAUACAAACUAUCACUGCAGAGCCAACGUUGACCCCAUCCCCUCCACUUCCUGUGUCUCUCUCCCUGGAGGACUCAGAGCUGCUGUCCUUUUACUCGUCUCAAAGCCUCGCUCACCUCUCCUGCCUGGCAGACGCCAUCGAUGUGCUCUUCAGCAGCGUGCAGGGAAACCAACCUCCCCGCGUCUUUGUCGCUAGAGGAAAGAGUCUUAUUGUGACGGCACACAAACUGGUGUUUAUUGGGGACACGCUCUCCCGCCUUCUCACCUCUGCCGACCUCCGGGCCAAGAUCACAACCUCAGGGGGACGACUCUGUCAGGCCUUGAAGUCAGUUGUUGUGGCAACAAAGGGCGCUGCACAAAACUACCCUUCAGUAUCCGCCACCCAGGAGAUGGUGGACCGUGUCGCUGAGCUCUCCCAGCAAGCAGCUGGCUUCUCCACUCUGCUCCAGCGCCUGGCAGAAAUAUCUUCAUGAUAUUUCAUAUCACUUGCGUAAAAACUUUGUUUACACUACACAUAUAUUUUCUCUCUUUGAAAUGCCUUAUUUGUUGUUAGACUCUUUCAUUACCUUUCGUUUGAAUGGGAUUGAAGCGAGCGAAGUUGAAUCCUGGAACAAGUGUUUAGCCUUGCUGCAGCUGCUACAAAGCUGAGUUUUUACAGUUGGUUCUGUCCUCUAAGUGUGUGUUGGUUUGCCUUUUGUUUAUAUACUGACCUUCCCAGCUUUGAUGCCACGUCUUUUUGAGUGUUAACUUAUUGAAUAUUUGAAGCUCCUCCAUGGCUUUGAGUGUCCAUGCAGACUGUUUGUCUUGGGAGCUUUGCUUUAUUAUGUUUGCCAUAUUUUCUUUCAAUCACAUGAUAGCAGUUUUCCUUCCUUGCUCUAUUUAUUUAGCCAUCCCCCCAUUCCAAAAAUAGCACAGAAGGAGGCCUCACAUCCUGGUUUUGGCCUACUUUUUACUGUUAACCUGAAAGCCCUUUUGUUAUCAUUCUGAAGCUGUUGAAGCAGCAUAUCAAGUGUUCUGGGCAAACUUCCUGAACCCUAUUCCAUUUCUUCCAUAUUAAGCCUGACUUCCAUUCAUAAUCUGUGCAAGUAUGUGUUGUGUUUGUGUAGUACCCAUUUCCACUAGAGAGCAAAGAUUAACUGCAGUACAGCUUGUAAUCCACUCAAUGAGGAUAACAAGAAACCUCUCUCAGUCUACGUUCAUGCAGUCGUACACACCUCUUGAAGAAAAUUUAAAUCCUGUCUGACAGAGAGAGAAAUCAUAUUUGAGGGAGUAAUAAUAGUUGGGUGAGAUAUUGCCUAAUCCUGUUCUUUCCCACAGUCACAUGGUAGCCUGGCAAUGGAUAGGAAACCUGUCGACCAAGCUCACCUGUCUCGACACGUCUUGUUAUGAUCUGCAUGCUUACCUUUCUUUGCUUUUCAUGUUAAUUUCCCAUACGAUGCUUACCCCUGUCUUCUUACUCACAUCUGCUUUGAUAGUUCAAGUCAGGUAGAAACUAAGGCUGGGUAUGAUACAUAUAAUAAAUUAAUUGAUAAUGUAAAGCAUAGCAGUGGAACACGGCACUGUACUGAACAUAAGUUUCAUUAUUUUACACUUGCCAUAUCAAGAUUUUUGUUAAUAUUUUGACAUUACUGUUGUGAUAUUGAUCGUAACUAUAUGGCCCAGCCUUAGUAGAAACUGAAAUGAAGUGCAGCAUUUUUAGUUGUUAAUUGAAAUGGGGGGAUUUUGCAUUUUAAAUCCAACAAAACCUACCCGUUUUUCAUGUCAGACCAUUGUAUUAGUGUCUGACAUCUACCAUUUUCUUUUAUACCAGUUAUUAUAUUUAAAAUGUUGUGCACAAACAGCUCAGAAACAUGUUGAAUAUAAAGCUGUGGUGGAACAUAAAGUAGACUGGAAGUUGAACAAACGUGAUUCUUUUCACAUUUACACUACACAUCUCAACUUUACAAAGGUGCUCUACAAAAGUUGGAUUAUAAUACUAUAAGUGUUAUCUAUUUUCUGUGUUGUCAGUCAUAUUGCUUAACCUUGCAUUCAAAUUUUACUUUUCAGAUCCAAAUCCGUAUCAUCAGGGCAUUGCAUAAUCAUCUUUUCAGUUUAAAUCUUUUUGAGGUAAACUGUAUCCUGUUUUUACAUCCUCUCUGCUGCAUUGCCACCUUGUGGGGGUUUGAAGUAUUAAUUAAUGAAUACCUGCCUGCCAAAUCGGACAUGGCAUAUGUAUGAAGAGAGCAUGAUCGCAAGUAACCUUUAGCAGUAUAUUUAUUACUGUCAAUGUUUAUAUUCUUUGCUUUCCAGUUUGCAUGGCUUUAAUUUGGAACAUUUAAAUAUGCACAUUCUUCACCAGGGGGUGAUUUUACUGGGUAAUUUACAACAAACAUUUUAUUUCUUCUGAAAAAUGUUUAGUUACAGUUCAAAUAUAUGGCUGUUUUUUUUCUUUAGUACAAGGAAGUUAUUUACACAAUGUGGACUCAUUUGAGUCUCUUAUCUGUAUUUGCUGAAGUAUAGAAAUGAAUAUUUGACUUUUCUCCUACAGUAAUACACCUCUUUACUUUUAACACUACAUUUGAUGCCUGUCUUGUAUUCCUGUUCAGAAUGCACAAAUGCAUCUUUUACAAUUAAACAAUUGUGUUUGAAUUAUUGAUUGCAGUGGUAGUAUGUCAAAAGAAAAAUGUAUCUGCAGGAUGUUUCUAUUUGCCGUGCCUAAAAUAAUUGGUGCAUUUUUAAUCCAGAGUUCGAAUAAAACCUCUUUAAAUGAAAUAAA